AUGAAUAGGUUUGAAGAAACUUUGAAAAAGUAUGAUGGCAGCAAGAAGGGUUCACAUUAAAUGGAUGCUUAUGUAUUCAUUCCUUACAAUCAUAAAGAAUUUUGA